AUGAAUAAUGAAGCGAAUUCUCAAUUUGAUCUUCCUAUUACUCCCAGGGCCUUUCUGUUUCGGUGUUUUGACAAGAUAGAAAAUGCGUUAAUUUUGAACAAAUCGGUGAAUCUGAAACUCUUCAAUUUCUACUUGAAGUAUGCCAAGCCUCAGUAUCAGACAUGGAGCUUAAAAAAGAUUAUCGGGUUGAAGGUUUGCUCGAUUGUGCCUACUGAAGAUUUUAGAAACAUAAGGUUCAAGGGAUUUCAGGGAAAAGAUAAAAUUUUGGAUGAAUUCACUUUGGAUGCUCAUCUACUACAUUCAAGAAAUAGCGAAAAUGGAUGUAGAGAUUGUGGCAGUUCUAAAGAAAAUGUCGCUUAUGAAGCCAGAAGAGGAACCGAAGGAUCUUUAGAAGCAAUGGCUAGGAGUUAUCCAAAAGGAGCACUGGAGCCUUGUUUAUCAGAGAAAGGAGCUCUGAAGACUAUACUUGCUAUGGCCUAA